GGUGUCGGUCCCGGCCCGUCCGCCCCCCGCGCACCAUGCGCGGCCCCCGGCGCCCCGCGCCCCUCCGGCCCGCCCGCCCCUAACGCCGCCCGGCUCCGGCGCCUUCCCCCGGCCGCACUUCGGGGGGCGGGGAGGGGGGAGAAGGGGGCGAGAAGAAAAAAAGUAAGGAUAAAAAACAUAAGGGGGGGUGGGGGAAGGGGGACGAGAGGAAGAAGAAGGAGGAAAAGAAGAGCCAAGGGAAGCGGGGAAGGCUGCUCUCCUCUGAGGACAGCGCGCAGCACCAUGCAGCUGGCGCCGCUGGCGCUGGCACUCACCACGCUCUUCAUCGACGGCUUGAGGAUAGGAGCGAGGAGGCAGAAGCUGCACCCCAGGCAAGCCAAGCUGCUGGAGAAGCUCAGCGAGUACGAGAUCGUGACUCCUACCCGGGUGAAUGAGUUCGGCGAGCCCUUCCCCACCGAUGUCCACUUCAGGCGGCGGCGGCGGAGCACCAGCGCUGCCCCCGAUGCCUGGAUGGCCGCCUCCGCCGCCUCCCACAAGGCACACUACAGGCUCUCCGCCUUCGGGCAGCAGUUCCUCUUCAACCUGACAGCCAGCUCGGCUUUCAUCGCCCCGCUCUUUACCGUCAGCCUCCUGGGAGAGCCCGCCGCCCACCAGCGGCGCCUGUACGCCGAGGCGGCCAACGCCGACGUGAAGCACUGCUUCUACCGAGGGCACGUCAACGCCCGCCCGCGGCACACCGCCGUUAUCAGCCUCUGCUCCGGGAUGCUAGGCACCUUCAAGUCUGACGAUGGGGACUAUUUUGUAGAGCCACUGCUAUCACUUGAAGAACAGGAGUAUGAAGAAGAGCACAAUAAACCACAUCUAGUCUACCGACACCGGACACCUCCAAUGAACUCUUCAGGGGACAGGCAGACUUGCGACACUCCAGAUCAUGAACACAGUCACAAAAAGAACAAGCGGAAACACUGGAGAAGAGAGUGGGCCGAAAGCAGUAUAUUAUCUGACGUGGAGAUGUUGAAACACAGUCUGGAAGUGAAUUCAUUUUCUGCAGAUAGCAACAAGACUGGGAACAUCAUUGAAAAGAAGAGCCACAAACGAACAAAGCGGUUUCUCUCCUAUCCUCGGUUUGUGGAAGUGAUGGUGGUGGCUGACAGCAGGAUGGUUGCCUACCAUGGAGCUAAUCUACAGCACUAUGUCUUAACGUUAAUGUCAAUAGUGGCUUCUAUCUACAAAGACCCAAGCAUUGGAAAUUUAAUUAAUAUCGUUAUUGUGAAAUUGGUGGUGAUACAUAAUGAACAGGAUGGUCCUGCAAUAUCUUACAAUGCCCAGACAACACUAAAAAACUUCUGCCAAUGGCAGCAAUCACAGAACCACCCUGAAGGAAGUCACCUUCAACAUGAUACAGCUGUGCUUGUUACCAGACAGGAUAUUUGUAGAGCACACGACAAAUGUGAUACUCUGGGUCUGGCAGAGCUGGGCACAGUCUGUGACCCAUACAGGAGCUGUUCAAUUAGUGAAGAUAACGGACUGAGCACUGCUUUCACAAUAGCACAUGAACUUGGCCAUGUAUUUAACAUGCCACACGAUGACAAUCAUAAGUGCAAAGAAGAUGGAGGUAAAAAUCAACAGCAUGUCAUGGCGCCAACACUGAACUUCUACACCAACCCCUGGAUGUGGUCAAAAUGCAGUAGGAAAUACAUUACUGAGUUUCUGGACACUGGCUAUGGGGAGUGUUUGCUUGAUGAGCCUUCAUCAAGAACGUACGCAUUGCCUCAGCAGCUUCCGGGGCUGAUUUAUGAUGUCAACAAACAGUGUGAGUUAAUUUUUGGACCUGGAUCUCAAGUGUGCCCAUACAUGCAGAUGCAGUGUCGGCGACUUUGGUGUAUCAACAUUGAUGGUGCACACAAGGGAUGUCGUACCCAGCACACACCUUGGGCUGACGGGACAGAAUGUGAGCCUGGAAAGCACUGCCGGUUUGGGAUGUGUGUGCCCAAAGAGCGUGAGACACCAGUGAUAGAUGGAGCAUGGGGGACGUGGAGCCCUUUUGGGACCUGCUCGAGAACCUGUGGUGGUGGCAUAAAGACAGCGAUACGGGAGUGCAACAGGCCUGAGCCUAAAAACGGUGGGAAAUACUGCGUGGGGCGCCGCAUGAAGUUUAAAUCCUGCAACACCGAACCAUGCUCAAAGCUGAAGAAGGAUUUCCGGGAUGAGCAGUGUGCUGACUUUGAUGGGAAGCACUUUAACAUCAACGGGCUGCCCACGAACGUGCGCUGGGUUCCCAAAUACAGCGGCAUUCUAAUGAAGGAUCGGUGCAAGCUGUUCUGCAGAGUGGCAGGAAAUACGGCUUAUUACCAGCUGCGGGAUCGAGUUAUUGAUGGGACACCCUGCGGCCCCGACACCAAUGAUAUCUGUGUGCAGGGCCUUUGCCGGCAAGCUGGAUGCGAUCAUGUGCUGAAUUCAAAAGCGAGAAGAGAUAAAUGUGGUGUUUGUGGUGGGGAUAAUUCUUCAUGCAAAACUGUUGCAGGCACAUUUAACACGGUGCAUUAUGGCUAUAAUGUUGUGGUCCGCAUCCCAGCUGGUGCAACCAAUAUUGAUGUGCAUCAGCACAGUUACUCAGGGAAGCCAGAGGAUGACAACUACCUGGCCUUAUCUAACAGUCAAGGAGACUUUAUAUUAAAUGGAGACUUUGUCGUCAGUAUGUUUAAAAGGGAAAUCAAAGUUGGGAAUGCUGUGAUUGAAUACAGCGGAUCGGAUAAUACUAUUGAAAGGAUUAAUUCUACAGAUCGGAUUGAGCAAGAAAUAACGCUUCAGGUUUUAUCAGUGGGCAAUUUGUACAAUCCUGACGUUCGUUACACGUUUAAUAUCCCCAUUGAGGACAAACCUCAGCAGUUUUACUGGAAUGCAUACGGCCCAUGGCAGCCCUGCAGUAAACUCUGCCAAGGAGAGCGAAAGAGGAAACCCGUGUGUACAAGAGAGUCAGAUCAGCUCACGGUGUCGGACCAGCGAUGCGAUCGAAUUCCCCAGCCUGACCCCAUCACGGAGCCUUGUAGCACAGAAUGUGAAUUAAGGUGGCACAUCGCGAGGAAGAGCGAGUGCACGGCCCAGUGUGGGCUGGGGUACCGCACCCUGGAGAUCUACUGCUCCAAGUACAUCAGGCUGGAGGGGAAGAUAGAGAAGGUUGACGACCGGUUCUGCAGCAGCCAGCCCAAGCCCAGCACAAGGGAGAAGUGUACUGGAGACUGUAAUGUGGGAGGGUGGCGGUAUUCAGCCUGGACUGAGUGCUCCAAGAGCUGUGGUGGGGGCACGCGGCGGCGGCGAGCCAUGUGUGUGAACACCUACAAUGAUGUCCUGGAUGACAGCAAAUGCAGUCAGCAGGAGAAGCUGACAGUGCAGCGAUGCAGUGACUUCUUGUGCCCCCAGUGGAAGACUGGCGACUGGUCCGAAUGCUUGGUGACCUGUGGAAAGGGGCACAAACACCGCCAGACCUGGUGCCAGUUCGGAGAAGAUCGAUUAAAUGACAGAUUUUGUGAUCCUGAAACAAAGCCGGAGUCAGUGCAUACAUGCCAGCAGCAAGAGUGUGCUUCGUGGCAAGUGGGGCCAUGGGGCCAGUGCACGACAACUUGUGGCCAAGGCUACCAGAUGAGAGCAGUGAAGUGUGUUGUGGGCACCUACAUGUCAGUGGUGGAUGAUAAUGAGUGUAAUGCUGCAACCAGGCCAACAGAUACCCAGGACUGUGAAAUAGCAGCAUGUCCUCCGCAUCCAAAUAGUCCUGAAGCCAAGAGAUCCCUAUCAGGCAUUCACAGGACGCAGUGGAGAUUUGGAUCCUGGACACCGUGCUCCGCAACCUGUGGGAAGGGUACCCAGAUGAGAUACGUCAGCUGUCGGGAUGACCAGGGCUCUGUGGCAGACGAGUCAGCCUGUUUCCACCUCCCGAAGCCAUCAGCCACAGAAAUGUGUACUGUGACACCAUGUGGGCAGUGGAAAGCCUUGGAGUGGAGCUCUUGCUCGGUGACUUGUGGUCAAGGUAAGGCAACGCGACAAGUGAUCUGCAUCGAUUACAGUGACCAGCUGGUGGAUAGAAGUGAGUGUGAUCCAGACGACCUCCCUGCCACAGAGCAAGACUGCUCCAUGUCUCCUUGUCAUCCAAACAGCCAUGACUAUGGCAGGCCUAUCCACCCUUUCCUCUAUCCGGAUCAUCGCCUGAAAGUGCACCCUGGAGGCAGCCUGAACAGAAACCGUGCACAUAUACCAGGAGGCAAUCAGUGGAGGAUUGGUCCCUGGGGUGCUUGCUCUAGCACGUGUGCAGGGGGAUUCCAGCGGCGGGUCGUGGUGUGCCAGGAUGAAAACGGAUACACUGCAAAUAACUGCGACGAGAAAAGCAAACCUGUGGAGCAGAGAUCAUGCGAGUCUGGCCCCUGUCCUCAGUGGGCUUAUGGCAACUGGGGAGAGUGCACAAAGCCAUGUGGGGCAGGGACAAGAACACGGCUAGUGGUGUGCCAGCGCCCUAAUGGAGAAAGGUUUACAGACCUGAGCUGUGAAAUCCUUGACAAGCCACCAGACAGAGAGCAGUGCAAUGUGCAGGACUGUCCUAGAGAUGCUGCCUGGAGCGCUGGUCCUUGGAGCUCGUGUUCUGUCUCCUGUGGAAGGGGCCAAAAGCACCGCAGUGUGUACUGUUUAUCAAAGGAAGGGAGGCAUAUAGAAGAAGACUAUUGCAAGCACCUUGCUAAGCCCAGCAUGCAAAAGAAAUGCAGAGGGGGCAGAUGUCCGAAGUGGAAAGCAGGAGAUUGGGGACAGUGCUCGGUGUCCUGUGGCCGGGGUGUCCAGCGCCGCGCCGUCCACUGUCACAGCGGCACCCCGAAGGCAGCCGAGGAGGCAGAGUGUGACCCGUCCAGCCGUCCCCCUCCGCAGCAGGACUGCCACCAACCCGAGUGCCCCACGCACCGCUGGGCAGCUGGCGAAUGGCAAGCGUGCAUGAAGACAUGCGGGGAAGCAUCCCGGUACCGCAAGGUGUUCUGUGUGGAUGAGAACAAGCAACCGCAGAACAGUGGCUACUGCGAUGCCAGCAAACGCCCUCCCGAGAUCGAGAGCUGCGGGCUGCCACCCUGCGAAUACGUCUGGAUCACUGGAGAGUGGUCGGAGUGCUCCGUUACAUGUGGGAAGGGAUACAAGCAGCGCCUCGUAUCCUGCAGUGAGAUUUACACCGGAAAGGACCACUAUGAGUACGGGUACCAGAACACAGUCAACUGUCCUGGCACGCAGCCACCCAACAUCCAGCCCUGCUACCUUGGGGAGUGCCCUGUCUCAGCAUCCUGGCGUGUUGGCAACUGGGGAAGCUGCUCUGUCACCUGUGGAGUUGGAGUCAUGCACCGCUCAGUGCAGUGCUUGACGAACGAUGACCAGGUCAGCAGCUUGUGCCAAGCAGAUCUGAAACCUGAAGAGAGGAGGGCAUGCCACAGUGUCCAUGACUGUGAAUUACCAAGGAGUUGCAAGGACAUUAAAAAUCUCAAAGGUGUCAUUGAAGAUGGUGAAUAUUUCCUUCAAGUCAAAGGGAAGACAUUAAAGGUAUAUUGCUCUGGGAUGCAGACUGACAGCCCCAAGGAGUACAUGACCCUUGUAAAUGGGGAUGCAGAGAAUUUUUCAGAAGUGUAUGGAUACAGAUUGCAUAACCCGACUGAAUGUCCGUAUAACGGGAGCAGACGAGAAGACUGCCAGUGUAGGAAAGAUUACACAGCAGCUGGGUUUUCCACCUUCAGCAAAGUAAGGCUGGACCUGAACACUAUGCAAAUAAUAACAACUGAUUUACAGUUUGCACGGACACAUGAUGGACGACCUGUGCCUUAUGCCACUGCUGGGGACUGCUACAGUGCAGCCAAGUGCCCGCAGGGUCGCUUCAGCAUAGACCUGUACGGGACAGGCCUGACCUUAACGGGACGAGCAAAAUGGCUCUCACAAGGGAAUUAUGCGGUGUCAGAAAUCCAGAAAUCCCCAGAUGGUACCAAAGUAGUAGGAAAAUGUGGCGGUUACUGUGGGAAGUGUACUCCAUCAUCUGGAACAGGCCUUGAUGUUCAGGUGUUAUAGCCAUGGUUGUCUGCAAGCGGAGAUGAGACGAAUGAAGGAUAGCGAUGCAAUACCUCUGCCUUCCACUUUUUUAUGUUUAUGUAUGUAUAUAGAUUGCAUAUUCUUAAUGUACAGGUUAAUAUUUAUGUUUGGAAUUAUUUAUUUUGAUUUAAUAUUUUUGUACGUAAAAUCAUGAUAUUAAGGCUGCUUUUCCUAUUUUUAUUUUUUAUUGUUAAAUCCUGCAGUCAAACCACUGCAUUUUGCGUACUCUACAUUAUAUGUAGCAUUAUGACAAGUGAUACUUUAUUGUCACUGUAUUCAGUUGUUUACUUUCAAUCAGUAAUUUUCCUUCAGUUAUGGGCUGCUUUUGCCCUCUACGGUGCUACACAAUCUGCAUAGGGGUAUUUUUGGCAUUUCAAUCUGUCUUUAUGUUAAGGAAAAUAGACAAGAUGUGCUUAAAUUUUAUUUUUAGGGAUUAGGCUGACAGCACUCGAGGAAAACAUGACAAUGAAUACAGUGCUAGUUGCAUUAGCAAUCUUUAUCUUUUAGGUAUGUUUUGAAUUUCACAUGACCUCUGUGGCCAGUGCUAAAAGCACUGGUUUGGUGCUAACAUGGUAUUUAUUAAUGCUCUGUAGUUUUAGUUAAUCCAGUGCCUUUAUCAGUGAAAAAGGGAAGAAAGUAGAAAAAUUGUCAGGUUCAAAUAAACUGAUCUCAAGGUCCUUUCCAACCCUAACUAUUCUAUGAUUCUAAAUUAAGAUCUACCCCAGGUUUAGGAAAAUUCCUGCAGAUGGAUCUUCAGCUCAAGCCCCUUUUUCAUAGGGCCCUGAAGAGAACUUGGUUUUUUAAAAACCGUAUCUUUGUCUCCUAAUUGCAUGUGCCACUGUGCUUCCUGCUCCAUCUGGAAGCGGGGUAUUAACUCAUCCCAGACAGGCUGAUCAGCCCAUAUGUUUCCCUGGGCUGUGUGCUGAGAAGUGAUGCGGGUUCUUAUGGACAUUGUCACAAAAUCCUAACGGGAAGCUGAAAGCACCCCUGCAGUGUUAUCUCCCCUGGGGCCAGUGUGGACCGCAGGGGAUGUGGGACAGCAAGCCCAGCCAAGCCAGCCCUUCCUCUUGGCCAGGGGACUCCAUUGCAGGCACCUGCAGCGUUUCCCCAGCCUCCUACUCACCCACAGACCAUCUGCAAAGGGAAGCUUCAGCCUUAAUUCAACAAGAUCACUCUGUACUUACAGAUAACUCUGCCCCCCCCUUCAAAAACAAGCUGCUUUACGCCUACUUCUGUAUUGCUUUGGAUCUUCCUGGUAAGGCAUCUGUGCUCCUUGCCUGUUUGCCACCCUAUGUACAACCAGACCUUUAGUACUGGCUUUGUUAUAUAUAUACAUAAAAAUUGAGGAGCCAUCUCCCAUAGGCACUGAAUGCGGCUGUGCAAUAGUACCUGCCUGUACAUAGCCUACUGCUGAUGGCAUGCCGCCUUUGUGCAGAGCUUCGUAGCACAUUGAACGGGGGUGAUGUGACCAGAUUAUUUUUGUAGUCUAUGACUAUGUCCCUUAUCUCUUUCUCCACAAUUUUACUUAGUGAUAGGAAGAUGCUGCCCCUUCGCAUUCUCUGCUGGGGCAGCCAGGAACACAAAGUACAAGGAAAGGAAGCUUUUCAGCACAAAAUUGCCAGAAGUUUGGAAAAAUGAAGAUACUUAUCUGCUACUUCAGAUAAUUCUUUCAAUUUUGAUGCAAACAGUUAACAAAUGCAACCUCAGGAUCUUGUGUGAGUCUUUCGCAGAGCUCCCCAAAGGAUGUGUAAUCAGUCUGUUACAAAAGAGUUGGAUAAAUAGGGAUAAACGAUCUGAUCCCUGAAUUCAUACCUCAUGUGCACUGGGCUGUGUUCAGCCUUCAGAGUGAAACCUGUCAGCCAGCCUGACAGUCAGGUAUCAACACACCCAUGUCAGCUGGGAGACAUCUCGCAGGCAAGUAGGGCUGUAUUACAGUCCAGCAGCUACAGACCUGAUGAAAGAAAAGGGGAAAAGGGAAUGGGAAAGGGGAAAAGGGAAAGAGCAAGAGGCAAAAAGGGAAAGGGGAAAGGAGUAGUAAUGGAAAAGUGAUUUAUUUUUAAAUGAUAAUUGCUCAUGUAUAACUUCGGUAGGGGAAAAAGGAAAAUUGCACUAUGAACUUUAGAAAGAAACAGUGGUGCUUAGAAAGUACAGGUUUAUAUUUUCUCUAAUGAAGUGAACGUCUGUUUAUAAAAAGAGAUAUUAUUUUGACCUGUACACAUUCAUUUCUACCAUAUAGUUUCCUAGCAGCUAUUAACAGAGCAAGUGAAACCUAAAUGAAUAUUAAAUAAACUACAAGGGAAAAAAAAUGAUAGAGCACUGAUCCUAUGGUUCAUUAAAGGGCUUUGUUAAAUGGGAACAGACUUUGAGGACAUUAGGUAUUUCUUGUUCAAGAAACAGCUCUGGGGGUUUUAUAUCAAUGUAAUUAUUUUUCUACAAACUGAGGUAUUUUUUGCAAGCACUUUCCUGUACAGUGUUUCUUUUCUUUCUGCUUAUACUCAAAAGGAAAUGAAGACCCAUAAGACAUGUCUGUAUGGUCUUUCUGCAUUUGCCAUCAUAUUUCAAUACAUGUGUGCUAUUAUAGAGGCAAAAUACUUUGUACACAAGGGAAUAAUACAUUGAAUGGUAAACACUC